UCAAAACAAAAUAAACGUGUACCUACCUACCUAUGUUUACUCUGCUCUUUUCUUUCGUGUCAAAUAAUUUUGGUGAUUAUUAUGGGUAAUUUUCAAUUAGACUGUGUUUACCUUUAAUAUAGAUAACAAUUUUGUUUCUAUCCACAAGUUUUCUUGCGAGACUGCUCGUUUUGUAUGUAAUUUCAUCAGAGACAAAAGUAUUGACAAAAGUUUAUUUUUUCCUAAAUUAAAAUGAGUAAGUCAAGUAAAAGAAGGCAUUCAUCUGAUUCAAGCAGUGCAGAAGAGAAUCGUAUAAGAGAUAUCAAGGAGCGUGAUGAAUUUGCUAGGCGAUUAAAGAAACGUGACGAAGAUAAAGUUAAAAAGGUCACAGAAUCCUCUGGUAAAAGGUCAUAUGAAGAAGCAGCUAAACGACUUAAACUCGAAGCUGAAGACAGAGACAAAAUUUUGCCAAAGCUACGCGUUCAGUCGCGACGAAAAUACUUGGAGAAAAGAAAAGAUGACAAGGUUGUGGAACUGGAGGCAGACAUUGCUGAUGAUGAAUAUUUAUUUGAUGAAAGCAUAUUAACUGAAAGAGAAAAACGAGAAAGGGAACACAAAAAAAACAUAUUGCAAUUGGCAAAGGAACAUGAAAAAGCACGGGAAUUGGAAAAUGUUCAACGAUAUCACAUGCCCAGGGAUUUGGGUAAAGGAGAAAAAGGUGAAUAUGUUGAAGUUGAUGAAAAUGAAAAAUUACCACAUUCAGAGCAAAGAAAAUGGGAGCAAGAACAAAUAAAGUCAGCAUUUUUUAAAUUCGGGGCAAAGGAUGCCAAGUCCCAAGAUGAAUAUGAACUACUGUUGGAUGAACAGAUUGAUUUCAUACAAGCUCUGCAACUUGAAGGAAACAAAGAAAAAAAGGAAGAAAAAGAAAAGUCUGAGUAUCAAAAAAUACGUAUGACUAUAGAGGAAACCAAAAAAUCACUACCUGUAUAUCCAUUUAGGGAAUCACUAAUUGAAGCUAUUAAAACUUAUCAAAUAUUAAUUGUGGAAGGUGAAACUGGUUCAGGGAAAACAACACAAAUCCCUCAAUAUUUAUAUGAAGCUGGUUUUACAGAAGAUGGAAAAAUAAUUGGUUGUACUCAACCUAGAAGAGUAGCAGCUAUGUCUGUAGCAGCUAGGGUUGCUCAAGAGAUGAAUGUCAAACUUGGCAAUGAGGUUGGAUAUAGUAUCAGAUUUGAAGAUUGCACUUCUGAUAGAACGGUCAUCAAGUACAUGACAGAUGGCACGCUGCACAGAGAAUUCUUAUCAGAACCAGAUCUUGCAUCAUAUAGUGUUAUGAUUAUAGAUGAAGCUCAUGAGCGCACCCUUCAUACAGAUAUUUUAUUUGGCCUUGUUAAAGAUAUUACCAGAUUCAGACCAGAGUUAAAAUUACUUAUAUCUAGUGCAACACUAGAUGCAGAAAAGUUUUCAAAAUUUUUUGAUGAUGCUCCGAUCUUUAGAAUUCCAGGAAGAAGAUUUCCAGUAGAUAUUUAUUAUACAAAAGCUCCAGAAGCAGACUAUGUCGAUGCUUGUGUAGUGUCUGUCUUACAAAUUCAUGCCACACAACCAUUAGGGGACAUUUUAGUAUUUCUGACAGGACAAGAGGAAAUUGAAACAUGUGUAGAGAUGUUACAAGAAAGAACAAAAAAAAUUGGAAAGAAAUUAAAAGAAUUGUUGAUACUACCUGUUUAUGCCAACCUUCCGAGUGACAUGCAAGCAAAAAUUUUUGAACCCACACCUGAAGGUGCCCGAAAAGUGGUUCUAGCCACUAACAUUGCUGAAACAUCCUUGACAAUUGAUAAUAUUAUUUAUGUUAUUGACCCUGGAUUUGCAAAGCAAAAUAAUUUUAACUCAAAGACAGGCAUGGAGAGUCUUAUGGUGGUACCAAUUUCAAAAGCUUCAGCAAAUCAAAGAGCAGGCAGAGCUGGCCGGGUUGCACCUGGCAAGUGUUUCAGAUUAUAUACUGCCUGGGCUUAUAAGUAUGAGCUUGAAGACAAUACUGUUCCAGAAAUCCAGAGAAUAAAUUUGGGAAAUGCUGUUCUUACAUUAAAGGCGUUGGGAAUUAAUGAUCUCAUUCACUUCGAUUUUUUAGAUCCUCCACCACAUGAAACACUGGUUCUUGCUUUAGAACAACUGUAUGCGCUCGGUGCUCUCAAUCAUCAUGGAGAAUUAACUAAAGCAGGAAGGAGAAUGGCUGAAUUUCCAACUGAUCCAAUGCUUGCAAAAAUGCUCUUAGCAAGUGAAAAGUAUAAAUGUUCAGAGGAAAUAGUGACGAUUGCUGCAAUGUUAUCUGUUAAUAGCUCAGUAUUUUAUAGACCAAAAGAUAAAAUAAUACAUGCAGAUACUGCUAGAAAAAACUUUUUCCACCAUAAUGGUGAUCAUUUGACAUUGAUGAAUGUCUAUAACCAAUGGGUAGAUUCUGAUUAUUCUGUUCAAUGGUGUUAUGAGAAUUUCAUACAAUAUAGAUCUAUGAAAAGGGCACGUGAUGUGAGGGAACAAUUAGUGGGACUUAUGGAAAGAGUAGAAAUUGAAAUGGAAUCGAGUAUAACAGAAGAUGCUAAUAUUCGAAAAGCAAUCACUGCUGGAUAUUUUUAUCAUAUUGCAAAAUUUUCAAAAGGUGGACAUUAUAAAACUGUUAAAAAUAAUCAAACUGUCAUGAUACACCCCAACAGUGCUUUAUUUGAAGAGCUGCCCCGCUGGGUGAUUUACCAUGAACUGGUAUUUACUUCUAAAGAGUUUAUGAGACAAGUAACAGAGAUUGAAAGCAAGUGGCUUUUAGAAGUUGCACCCCAUUAUUACAAGUCAAAAGAGCUAGAAGAUUCAACAAACAAAAAAAUGCCAAAGACUGUUGGGAAAUCUUCAAAUAAUUAGUUAUUAAAAAAAUAUUUAUUGCAUUUUCAAUGAGAUCUAAAG